GGCCAGGGCUGUCAGGCCUGGGAAGACUCUGGGCACCUUCUCUCCGGUCGGUCGGUGAGUCCCCGCUGGUGGCAGGGCCCCAGACCCAGCAAACCAUUCAUUAUUUUGGAGUUUAAAGCAUGACAUCAUGGCAAAAUUUCGAAGAAAGACUUGCAUCAUUUUGUCGCUUUUUAUUCUAUUUAUUUUCUCUCUGAUGAUGGGCUUAAAGAUGCUAAGGCCGAAUACAGCAUCCUUUGGAACUCCUUUUGGGCUUGAUCUUCUUCCAGAACUUCAUCCACCGAAGGCCCCCUUGGGAAACAAAGUUGACUUCCAGAAGAGCGAUAGAAUCAACAUGGAAACAAAUACCAAAAAUUUCGAAGCUGCUGGCAUGACUGUGAGGCCACCCAAAACCUCUGAAGGGAACCUGGAGGAACUGCCUCCUCUGAAUUAUUUUUUACAUGUAUUUUAUUACAGUUGGUAUGGAAAUCCACAAUUUGAUGGUAAAUAUAUUCACUGGAACCAUCCAGUCCUGGAGCACUGGGACCCUAGAAUAGCCAAGAACUAUCCACAAGGGAGACAUACUCCUCCAGAUGACAUUGGCUCCAACUUUUAUCCUGAGUUAGGAAGUUACAGCUCUCGGGACCCUUCUGUCAUAGAAACUCACAUGAGACAGAUGUGCUCAGCCUCAAUUGGAGUCCUGGCCCUUUCUUGGUACCCACCUGAUUCCAGUGAUGAGAACGGAGAAGCUACUGACCACUUGGUACCAACUAUUUUGGAUAAAGCUCAUAAGUAUAAUCUGAAGGUCACUUUUCACAUAGAGCCAUAUAGCAAUCGAGAUGAUCAAAACAUGCAUAAAAAUGUCAAAUAUAUUAUAGACAAAUAUGGAAGCCAUCCAGCCUUUUAUAGAUACAAGACAAGGACUGGGCAUUCUCUGCCUAUGUUUUAUGUCUAUGAUUCCUAUAUCACAAAACCUAAAGUGUGGGCCAAUCUGUUAACACCUUCAGGAUCUCAGAGUGUUCGCAAUUCUCCUUAUGAUGGAUUGUUUAUUGCACUUUUAGUAGAAGAAAAGCAUAAAUAUGAUAUUCUUCAAAGUGGAUUUGAUGGAAUUUACACAUACUUUGCUACAAAUGGUUUUACAUAUGGCUCAUCACAUCAGAAUUGGGCUAACCUGAAAUCAUUUUGUGAUAAGAACAACUUGAUAUUUAUCCCCAGUGUAGGCCCAGGAUACAUAGAUACAAGCAUCCGUCCAUGGAACACUCAAAACACUAGGAACCGCAUCAACGGAAAGUAUUAUGAAGUUGGUCUAAGUGCUGCACUCCAGACCCACCCCAGUUUAAUUUCCAUCACCUCUUUCAAUGAGUGGCAUGAAGGAACUCAAAUUGAAAAGGCUGUCCCCAAAAGAACCACUAACACAGUGUUCCUGGAUUACCGGCCUCAUCAACCAAGCUACUAUCUAGAGCUAACACGGAAGUGGUCUGAGAAGUACGGUAAGGAAAGGAUGACGUAUGCAUUGGAUCAACAGCUGCUGCCUGCCUCAUAAUGUCUCACUCAGAGUUUAUCAAAUCGCCCAGCUUCAGUAAAUGCUUUGUGUGUUAUGUUACGGAAGGAAAACUGUCAAAAUCAAUGAGCACUUGCUACUCUUACCUUUAUCGGUUAUUUCAUUUUUACUCUUUAAAAGAUGAUAUUACUUGUUCUACAAUGGAUGGUACUGUCCAAAGAAAACAUUUGAUGAAAAAAGUCAUGUUGGUAACAUUCCUGAUGGCAUUAUUUUCUGAAUUUCUGACUGCAAUUGAAGUUUUAAUGGGAUUGCCUUUAGGUUUUUGUUUCACAGUAGAGAAAAUGCUUGCAUUACAUGAAGCAUCUAACAUACAGGUCAGCUGUACUUGUAUUCUGGGUCCAAAGACCAAGGAGUGCAUACAUGUCAGGUACAUCUGACAACAAAAAUACAAACCUACAGCUGAGUGGUGGUGGCGCACACCUUUAAUCCCAGCACUCGGGAGGCAGAGCCAGG